UCAUGCAAAGUUCUUGUUAAAACUGCACGGAUUUUCUCUUGACCGCAACGGUAACACUGUAAUCCUUAAAUCUUGGGCUAUGGUGAAUAGUGUCCUGCAGAAAGUUAUGCUACUCAGCCUUAUUACUAAUGUCUACGAUAAACACCCGGAUAUCCCGCUCAUGGUUUCAUGCUCAACUGUUGUUUGUGGUGUUACAGUUAAUUCCUUCAAGAUCACUUCGUUGCAAAGAAAGAUUGUGAGGAUGGGGGCUUUCUAUCGUCGAAUGAUUGAUAUGUGGAACAUCCCGAAAAAGACGGAAAAGCAGCAUUUGAUGGAGCACAAAUCCUUCAUAAAUAUCGUUUCGUUCCUCAACUGUCUGAGUCUCAUCGCGGGGAUUUCUUGGUGGUUACUUCUCCCUCCUGCUGUGUCUGUGUAUGAAAAGUACGUAACAGGAAAUACAACAUGGAUAGCACCCUACAACAUAACAAACAUUGCAAUCAUGCAAACUACUCCGGGAUAUGAAAUUCUCACGAUUAUUUAUUACUCCAUCACAGCAAUGUGUGUCAUUGGUGGUUGCGGUUUUGAUUCGUACUACCUUGAGAGCUGCUUUUACCUUUCUGGUCAUUUUCGAAUAAUCCGCCAACGCUUCCAGGCUGUUCAUUUUACAGUACCUGGUAAUUCGGGAGAAGUAAACAACAAGUUCAAGAAGGAAGUCUCCUCAAUCAUUGACUACCACAACGAGAUCCUCAAUGCUUGUGCUAUUCUUCAGGAUCUUGUUCGAUCUGCAAUUCUCCCAUUUGUUCUUUUUGACUCCAUCGUCAUUUGUACGUGCGUCUAUACGCUCAUGGUGGUAAACAGCUUGAUUGUCACCAUUGCGUUCGUGGGAAUAAGUAGCGCAGCUGUGGGACAAAUCUUUAUUCUAACUUACAGCGGAGAAGUUCUCACGGGUCGUAGUCAGGAACUCCUUGAAGGGAUCUACAACUCAGAGUGGUAUCUUGCAUCCCCCGAGCAGAGGAAGUUGAUGAUUGUUUGCAUGAUGCGCUCCAGGAAAGGAUUUACCUUUCAAAUGGGAAUCUUUCAGCUGGCACUAACUACUUUCUCAGCGAUUGUCCAAACUGCAGGUUCCUACAUUGCUUUGUUGAAAACUAUAUCGCCAACGUGAGGAAGUAAAAAAUGAGAUGUUCAACUUCUUGUAUUACUAUAUGGUUGUUCGUGGAAGAUAU